AUAUUAAUUCUAUUUUUGAUAUAAAUGAAGAAGCUGAGGAAGCUAGUAAGAAAAUUGAUAUAGAUAUAAGUGACAAUGAAAUUAAUCUUAUUCUUGAUACUAUAGAUGAAGGUAUUAAAGAUGAUAAUACAAUACCAGAAGAAUCUAAAGAAGCAAAUAAAAUGAAAACUUAUCAUUUUUUAGUUGAAGUAUAUGAGAAAUGGAUAAAAAACCUUAGAAGUGUAGGACUUAGCUAUGUUUAA